UCGGGCAGCGCGCGCCGACACCCCGAGGACGACCCUCUCGUCGUGCAGACCACCAAGGGCAAGGUUCGCGGCGUAACGCUGGCUGCGACGACGGGAAAGCUGGUGGACGUGUGGAUGGGAAUCCCAUACGCGCAGAAACCCGUGGGGCCACUCAGGUUCCGCCAUCCUAGGCCCGUGGACCGCUGGGACACCAACGGCGAGAUCCUCAACACCACCACUCCUCCGAACAGCUGCGUCCAGAUCAUCGACACGGUGUUCGGUGACUUCCCGGGCUCGGUCAUCUGGAACCCCAACACGCAGCUGUCGGAGGACUGUCUCUACAUCAACGUGGUGGCGCCCAAGCCGCGGCCGCGCAACGCCGCCGUCAUGGUGUGGAUCUUCGGCGGCGGCUUCUACUCGGGCACGGCCACGCUCGACGUGUACGACCACAAGACGCUCGUGUCCGAGGAGAAUGUGAUCCUCGUGUCGAUGCAGUACCGCGUCGCGUCGCUGGGCUUCCUCUUCUUCGACACGAGCGACGUGCCGGGCAACGCGGGGCUCUUCGACCAGCUGAUGGCGCUCCAGUGGGUGCACGACAACAUCCACUACUUCGGCGGCAACCCGCACAACGUGACGCUGUUCGGCGAGUCGGCCGGCGCUGUUUCCGUCAGCAUCCACCUGCUGAGCCCCCUCAGCAGAAACCUCUUCUCACAGGCCAUAAUGCAGUCCGGCUCGCCGACCGCGCCGUGGGCCAUAAUCGACCGCGAGGAGUCGAUCCUGCGCGGGCUGCGGCUGGCCGAGGCGGUAGGCUGCCCGCACACCAAGGCGGAGAUGCCGUCCGUCAUCGACUGCCUGCGCCGCAAGAACGCCACCGAGCUCGUCAACAACGAGUGGGGCACGCUCGGCAUCUGCGAGUUCCCCUUCGUGCCCAUCAUCGACGGCGCCAUCCUCGACGAGACUCCUCAGCGCUCGCUGGCCGCCAAGAACUUCAAGAAGACCAACAUCAUGAUGGGCAGCAACACCGAGGAGGGGUACUACUUCAUCAUCUACUACUUGACGGAGCUGUUCCGCAAGGAGGAGGACGUGUACGUGAGCCGCGACGAGUACCUCAAGGCGGUGCGGGAGCUCAACCCGUACGUCAACAACGUGGCGCGCCAGGCGAUCGUCUUCGAGUACACCGACUGGGCCAACCCGGACGACCCGAUCGGCAACCGCGACGCCCUGGACAAGAUGGUGGGCGACUACCACUUCACGUGCAACGUGAACGAGUUCGCGCACCGCUACGCGGAGACGGGCAACAACGUGUACAUGUACUACUUCAAGCACCGCUCCGCCGGCAACCCGUGGCCGUCGUGGACGGGCGUGAUGCACGGCGACGAGAUCAACUACGUGUUCGGCGAGCCGCUCGACCCGCGCAAGGGCUACACGCCGCACGAGGUCGAGCUGAGCCGCCGCAUGAUGCGCUACUGGGCCAACUUCGCCAAGACGGGGAACCCCAGCAAGUCGGAGGACGGCACGUGGACGGCCACCUACUGGCCGGUGCACACGGCGUACGGCCGCGAGUUCCUCACGCUGGCCAUCAACUCCAGCGAGACGGGGCGCGGGCCGCGCCUCAAGCAGUGUGCCUUCUGGAAGAAGUACCUACCUCAGCUGAUCGCCAUGACCAGUGAGUACCCCGCGGCGCCUUCUGUCGAAGUCUUGCAUUUCUCUGUUGAUUAUCUCAUUCCUAGAUGGAGACAGUAUGGCUUGUACCGAGAUGACGACAUUGAUGGUGACAGUAACGAUGAUGAUGAUGAUGACACGUUCGGCACAUCCGAGAAGGUUCUGUGCCGGCAGGAAGGAAUAGAGGAUGUAGAGAUGUAG